AGAAUUGAAGGCAAAAUUUUGGGUCCCCUCCCUCAUGUUUUUAAAACCAAACAAGGGGAUGGACUCAGAUUCCCUUCCCUCCCCUCCAACCAAACAGACCCUAAGGCUAGGCCUGCCGUGGCAACGGAAGCAAGAGUGGAAAAAUCAGAAGGAUAGAAUUAGAAUUGCUGUAGUUUGUAUUGCACUCCAUAUGGCACACAUAUAUAUCACACCAAUCAACUACAUCAACAAAGAGUAUAAAAGGAGAAAACCGAAGUCCAAAGAGAAGAAAUUAGGCUAAUGCUGUUUUAUAUACUAACAUAACCUCAAGUAUAAAUCUGGAUUCAAAAGGAGCAUCGGUGUUUAUGUGUGCAAAUUCAAAAUAUUAUGUUCUGUUGUAAUAACAUCUGCUUUUCUGUGAUACUAUAUACUUAAAAAAAACAAACACCCCCUUAGUGUAGGUAAUUCAGUAUUGUUAUAUAUGGAUUAUCUGCAUCAUUUUAUGACUUAUGAUGAGUUUGGUUUCCUUUGUGAAGGUUCAUGAUGAGUUGAGUUUACCAAAUGGUGUCUUGAGGCUUAAGCCUAAACGGGGAUAUGGCCAGCACAAUGGGGUGAAAAGUGUAAUGGAGCAUCUGGAUGGCUGCCAUCAAUUCCCACGACUUUGCAUAGGAAUUGGAAACCCGCCUGGAACAAUGGAUAUGAAGGCGUUCCUUCUCCAGAAAUUUAGUAAAACUGAACGCGAACAGGUGGACACUGCACUGAAAGAAGGGGUUGAGGCGGUGAGAAUGCUGGUGUUGGAAGGACACAGUAGCAGUUUGAGAAGAUUUAACAUUGAGCAGAAGUUCAAGUACCACAAAGUUUGAUCCCAUUAUCAUGGUGAUGUUGGAGGAAGCGUGAGUAUGAUAUGGUCGUCGUAUUUUGAGAUUCCAUCCAGGUUUUGUGCCUUUUAAGGGGUCGUUUACUAGAACUUAUUUAUCUCAAGUAAAUUGAAUGUUACUGAGCUGAACUUAAUUGAUUUUACUUAAAUUGUACUUAUAGAUAAUACUGAAUUAGGUAUCGAAUUCGGGAAAAAUUUUAAGUUCUUAAAUUAGGUAUUCCUCUUUCAACGUCUGGACUAAUUAUUAC